UCUUCAUUCAUCGCGAGUCAUGUGUUUUGAGACGUAAUUCGUGUGACUGUUGUUGUGAUGACGUCUUUGUGCGGCGUUUGCCGCGAACUCUCGCGAAUCGAUCGCUUCCUGCGGACAAACAGCGAACUAAAUGCCGUUCACUUCGACCGCAAGUCUUCUUUCAACGCAUUCCUCCGCCCUUUCGACCAAAGAGUCCGCAAAGCCGUCGAAUCUCCGCUUAAAUGCGUUCAAAAUCUUUGGCUUUUCCUCCAAAACAAAGACGAGAAAACUCGCCAAGAAUUCGCCGAAAGAGUCAACGAAAUCGUCGCCAAAGUCGGCGCCGAUAUCGCGCCCAACGCUUUGCCGCGGCUUCUGGUGGCGCUCUUCCGCUGUCAGACUCCCGGCGCCCAACAGUCGCCCUUUCGCGCGCUCGCCGUCGCCCUCCUCUGCGCCUCCCCUCUCAUCCACGUGACCGACGUCUUCCUCUUCUGCGCUCUCAUUGGCCGCAAAGGGAUCUCCUCUUCGCGCGCCGUUCGCCACGCGUUGCGCCGCUUCUACGGCCGCGACUUCGACGACCUACACGUCGAGACAAUGCUCGUCUUCGGCCAACAAUUCGUUGUGUCCAAAGACUGGUCUCAUCGGGACGUCAUCCGUGUCGCGCACAUUCCGUCCACCGAUCGCGUCACUCGACUCCUUCUGCGAAUCGACGACGACUGCGACGACACUCUGACGACAGCCGAGCGACGCAUUCGAGUGCUUCGGAGUCCGGAGUCGCGCCUCGAAGACGUGUUGUCGGCGUUGGAGACGACUCUUCUGCCGCCCGACCUCUGGAUGCGCGCCCUUAACACCAAAUGGAGCCGCAAUGCCUACGUUUGGCGAAGACUUCUCGAAGCGCUUCCCGAAGACCGCUUUUUGGCCGCAAUUCCGCAGACAAUCUCUCGCUUUCCCAACAAUCGACUCCUGCGGCGCACUCUCGCGACCCGAUUGGCGGCCAUCGCGUCCACGGAUUCGUGUUUCGCGAGACAACUGUCGCUCUAUUACUGCGAGAAAAACCAUUUGAAAAUUGACGUCAAUUUCAUGCAUCGUUUGAGACGCGCUUUGGUUUCCAUAGCGACGCCCGACCGCCGCCUCCGACCCCUCCUCGUCCACAUCGACCCCCAUCUCGACACGCAACGCAAGUAUUUGGCGGCUCUGCAGACGAAAGGGCGCCGAAAGGCGGACCUCUUGGACGCCAUGACAAUCAAAGACUUCCUCCAAGUGUUCGCGCAAUCCUUCCACUGUUUCGCGCGCGUCGGCGGACACUUCACGCGCUGGGAGAGCGCCGACACGCCCACCGACGCCGACUUUGCGUUUGCGGACACGCCCUCCGAGUGGCGCGACUGCGCAGUCGUGUGGUUCGCGGCCGACGCGGCGCUCGAAAAUCUGGAAAGUCUCGCGCUUUCUUCGGACCGAAAACUGAUUGUCUUUUCGCUAAACAAACGGAAAGAAAGUUUCGGUUUUUUCCGAACAAACGUUCUGGUCGUCAACGGAAUGGACGCGCGCGCAGAGCCUCUGAUCGCGCACUUCCUGUUCGGCGAACCGGAAGUCAACUCUUGUAUUGUCAAUAAAUGCUGACGUAAUUCA